AUGACGGACUCGCUGCACAACGCGCCCAUCGUCCUGGACAAUGGCUCCGGCACCAUCCGCGCCGGCUUCGCGGGCGACGACCUGCCAAAGUGCUACUUCCCCUCGUUCGUCGGCCGUCCCAAGCACCUGCGUGUCCUGGCCGGCGCGCUCGAGGGCGAGGUCUUUAUCGGUCAGAAGGCGGCGACGGAGCUCCGGGGUCUGUUGAAGAUCAGGUACCCGCUUGAGCACGGCAUCGUCACGGACUGGGAUGACAUGGAGAAGAUCUGGGAAUACGUGUACGGAGAGGGGCUCAAGACCCUCAGCGAAGAGCACCCCGUUCUCCUAACCGAACCCCCCCUCAACCCCCGCAGCAACCGCGACACGGCCGCCCAGAUCCUCUUCGAGACAUUCAACGUGCCGGCGCUGUACACAUCGAUCCAGGCGGUGCUGUCAUUAUACGCCAGCGGCCGGACGACGGGUAUCGUCCUUGACUCGGGCGACGGCGUGUCGCACGCCGUCCCUGUGUACGAGGGCUUCGCGAUGCCGAGUAGCAUCCGGCGGAUAGACGUCGCGGGCCGCGAUGUGACGGAGUACAUGCAGACGCUGCUGCGCAAGAGCGGCUACGUCUUUCACACCAGCGCCGAGAAGGAGGUCGUGAGGCUCAUCAAGGAGUCCGUCACCUACGUCGCGCACGAUCCCAGGAAGGAGGAGAAGGAGUGGGCCAACAGGACGGACUCGGCCAAGAGCAUGGAAUAUGUUUUGCCGGACGGUCACAAGCUCAAGAUUGGCGCGGAACGCUUCAGGGCACCAGAAAUCCUUUUCGACCCCGAGAUCAUCGGCCUCGAGUACCCGGGCGUGCACCAGAUCGUCGUCGACGCGAUCAACAGGACGGAUCUCGACCUGCGCAAGUCGCUGUACAGCAACAUUGUGCUCUCGGGAGGCAGCACGCUGACCAAGGGCUUCGGUGAUCGUCUGCUCACGGAGCUGCAGCGGUUGGCCGUCAAGGACAUGAGGAUAAAGAUCUUUGCGCCGCCGGAGCGCAAGUACUCUACAUGGAUCGGAGGAAGUAUCUUGGCUGGUCUCAGCACUUUCAGAAAGAUGUGGGUGAGCAUCGACGACUGGCACGAGAACCCGGAUAUCAUCCACACCAAAUUUACGUGA